AUGUCGGGUGUUGCUGCUACUACGGCAUGCUGCCAAAAAUUAAUCCUUACUAUUCCCUUGGUUUUGCCUCCUGGCUGCAAAGACAAAGGCCCAGUUAGGAACAUCCAGUCUGACUAUCGCUUGGAUCCUGCCUCUGUUCUGGUCAAGGAUGAGGAAGAUGAGGAAAUGGUAGAACCUAAAGUUGGCCAUGAUUCAGAACUGGAAAACCAAGACCAAAAACAGGAGGUGAAAGAAGCCCCUCCACGGGAGCUGACAGAGGAAGAAAAACAGCAGAUCCUUCAUUCAGAGGAAUUUCUCAUCUUUUUUGAUCGGACAAUACGGGUAAUUGAAAGAGCACUAGCAGAAGACUCUGACAUCUUCUUUGACUACAGCGGUCGAGAGUUAGAGGAAAAAGAUGGGGAUGUCCAGGCUGGAGCCAACCUUUCUUUCAAUCGUCAAUUCUACGAUGAGCAUUGGUCCAAGCACCGAGUAGUCACUUGCAUGGACUGGUCCCUGCAGUACCCCGAGCUGAUGGUUGCUUCCUACAACAACAAUGAAGAUGCUCCCCAUGAACCAGAUGGAGUGGCCUUGGUCUGGAACAUGAAGUUUAAGAAAACCACACCAGAAUACGUCUUUCACUGUCAGUCCUCUGUGAUGUCAGUGUGCUUCGCUCGUUUCCAUCCCAACUUGGUGGUUGGUGGGACUUACUCGGGCCAGAUUGUCCUGUGGGAUAAUCGCAGUCAUCGAAGGACACCGGUGCAGAGGACACCCUUGUCAGCUGCUGCACACACUCAUCCCGUGUACUGUGUAAAUGUUGUUGGGACCCAGAAUGCUCAUAACCUCAUCACUGUCUCUACCGAUGGUAAAAUGUGUUCCUGGAGCCUGGACAUGCUCUCAACUCCACAGGAGAGCAUGGAGCUGGUGUACAAUAAGUCCAAGCCUGUGGCUGUUACUGGAAUGGCUUUCCCGACGGGAGACGUCAAUAACUUCGUGGUUGGCAGUGAGGAGGGUACGGUCUACACAGCCUGCCGUCAUGGAAGCAAAGCAGGUAUUGGUGAGGUCUUUGAAGGUCACCAAGGGCCAGUGACUGGAAUUAACUGCCACAUGGCUGUGGGCCCAAUUGACUUUUCACACCUGUUUGUCACGUCAUCAUUUGACUGGACCGUCAAACUGUGGACCACAAAGCACAACAAGCCGCUCUACUCCUUUGAAGACAAUGCAGACUAUGUGUACGAUGUCAUGUGGUCCCCCGUGCAUCCCGCGCUCUUUGCCUGCGUGGACGGGAUGGGGCGCCUGGACCUCUGGAACCUCAACAAUGACACCGAGGUCCCGACAGCAAGUGUGGCCAUUGAAGGGGCUUCUGCCCUAAACCGUGUUCGUUGGGCUCAAGCCGGGAAAGAAGUUGCCGUUGGAGACUCAGAAGGCCGAAUUUGGAUCUACGAUGUUGGAGAGCUUGCAGUUCCCCACAAUGAUGAAUGGACCCGAUUUGCCAGGACCCUCGUGGAGAUUCGUGCCAACAGAGCUGAUAGCGAGGAAGAAGGCACCGUUGAGUUAUCUGCCUAAUGGAAACCAACCAUCCCCACCCUAGCCCCCACCUUCGCCUUCUAGAACUCAGCUCUGCGGUCAUCGAUUCCACUUGUAUCCAGUGUCCAUUCAGUAACAGUGCUGUGUGACAUUUUGGGUGUCAUAUUGUGCCAGCUUUGCUCCAGUAUUCCAAAUGUAUCCCACCCUGCUUUCCCCUGACCUGAAAUUCACCAGAUCAUUUCUAUCUUUCUAUUUGUCUCAAAAAUGGGGGGGAAGGGAGGGGGAGGCUUUACGGGUUUAGUUGUUGCCUUUUAACUACUUAGUAGCUGUAUUUAAUAGCUGGAAACCUCUGGUUAAAUUUGUUCUUACAUGCACUUCUGGCAUAGUCCUAUUAAAUCCAUAUGAAGCCAGAUAUGAUCAGGUGCAGAUGUGGCUUGCUUCAUGAUAUGGCACAGGGCCAAAGACUUGAGAUGUGGUGUUUUACAUGGUGACUCACAUUAUGAACGGAUUUACUAGAAGAACAUUGCUGCUCCUUAUUUAUUGUGGUGUGCUGCAUGGAACAUAUUGAUUUGAAAGCAUUAAAAUAAACGAUCCUAGAGCAUGUGCAUAAUGAGAGGACUGUAUUGUCUCUCUGCUGCUGUUGAGGUUACAUUAAGUUCCAAAGAACAAUUACAGUAUGCCAGUUCCACGGAGGACGAGAAAUCUUUAGAGGUUCGUUGCAAUGAACGGAAUGAAUUUUAAUGCCUAUUAUUUCUAGGUACUUUGACAAUAUUUCAAAUAUAGUUGACCACUGAUACUUGUCAUUCAAGCUAACACAGUCCAACAAGAGUCUGUGGUUCCUGAAUAUGACACCAGUAUUGCCAAUAAAACGUUCCAAACCA